AUGACCGAAGAACAGUCCAUUUCAACAUUUGAAUAUGAGCCUCUAGAUAUCGACAAAACAACUGCAAUCCGAAUUUUCAUUCUUAGUGGGGGUUCUGGCGAUUCUCACAUUAAAAGUUCGAUCCUCCACAUAGACCUGAAAGAUCCCUCGGGUACGAUAAAAUAUGAAGCGUUGUCAUAUGAGUGGAAAGUAGCCAGUAGCGAUGACCCAUUAAUUCUUGUGGAUGAUUGCGAAUUUCGAAUUCGAAAGAACCUAUACGAUGCCCUCAUGGAAUUAAGGUUUGUUGAUAAAGAUCGGUAUAUUUGGAUUGAUGCUCUAUGUAUCAAUCAAUCCGAUCAUCUGGAAAGAAAUCGUCAGGUGCACAUCAUGCAAACAAUUUACAAGAAAGCACAAAGAGUCAUUCUCUGGCUAGGUCCUGCGAAAGAUGAUAGUGAUCUUGCAAUAGAGAUCCUGAAUACGAUGGAAAGUGCCCGUGUAGGGGAAAGACAAAUUGCCGAAUCACGACAUCGAGAUCGUAAGGAUUGGCGCGCAGCACUCCUGGCCUUGUGUCAAAGAUCAUACUGGCACCGAGUCUGGAUGAUGCAAGAAAUAUGCCUCGGUCGAGAAUAUCUAGUAUGCUGUGGUAGUAAGAAUGUCCCUGGUGAUAUAUUCGACGAAGGCUUAAAGAAUUUGGCGAGAUCUAGAGAUCAUGGAGAUACUUGGAACAAUACAGUGAAAGAAACUUUGGCGGUGCGACAUAUCACUAUGUUUAGAUACUGGGCACAAAGAGGACAACUCUUCCGACUGGGCCAGUGUAUGGACAUAUGUUUGGAUAGUUUCAUUGCCACAGAGCCUCGAGAUUUCGUAUAUGGAAUACGUGGUCUUGUUAGUGAUUGUGGGAAUGAUGAGCUGGUUCCUGACUAUCAAAAGUCCUUGAAACAAGUAUUCUUCGAUGCAGUUCCGAUCUUGAAGCGAUCCUCGAGUUCAUCAGCACAAGUCAUCAGUAAGUUGGCAAAGAAGCUCGACUUGACUGAGGAUGAAGAUGUGCAACUUUGCUUGUUAGAAAUGAAUGAUAGCAACAAUGAAUUCGACAAAGUUCAAAGAACGACUCAAAAUGAGUAUCCUGGAGGGAUGAGGAAAAGGCUCCAAAGGAGAAAUCGGAGAAGUAUGGGAAAUUGGAAGAGUGGUAAGGGAGACUAUGAUUGGCAGCUUGACAUAGACGAAUCUUAA